AUGAAACCUCGGUCGCCGGGGGUCGCCGGCGUCUUUUCGGGGAAAACCACGCUACAUAUAGCUCGGCUCCGGCCCCGCUGGUUCCACGGCCAGAAGCUUGCCAAGAGCCCAAGUCACUGCAUCCUCCGCGCUCGCGUGGGCAAGAACGUGCCAUGUCAGGCUGCACGGACGAACAGCCGCGCCGCGUCCGCGUCGACGCGCCCCUCCUCCUCCUCGUCACCUGCGCCGCGGCCUCCGGCUCUGGGUGCCCCGCCGACCAGGCCACGGCGCUCCUUCCAGCGGCCGGAGCUGAGCCUGCCGUCGUGGCGCGCGCGCACGGACUGCUGCCGCUGGGAGGGCGUCACCUGCGGCGCGGCCCCGGGCCCGGGGCGGGGCACGGUCGUCGUCAUGGCGCUCGACCUCGGCGGCCGCGGCCUGCGGAGCCGCGCCGGCCUCGACGGCGGCUCCCUCUUCCGCCUCGCCACUCUGCGGCGCCUCAGCCUCGCGGGCAACGACUUCGGCGGCGCGGGGCUCCCGGCGGCCGGGUUCGAGAGCCUCGCCGAGCUCACCCACCUCAACCUCUCCGGCGCCGGGUUCGCCGGCCAGGUGCCCGCCGGCAUCGGCGCCUUGCGCAAGCUCGUGUCCCUAGACCUCUCCUCCGCUGAUGACGGCCAGCUUACCUCCCUCGCGCCGUUGGGGUUCAACGAGCCGACCAUUGGAGCCGUCGUGGCCAACCUCACCAGCCUGCGGGAGCUCCGCCUCGACGGGGUGGGCAUGUCCGCCGCGGCGGCCGGAGACUGGUGCGCCGUCCUCGCGGACUCCACCCCGCGGCUCCGGGUGCUCACCAUGCAGUCCUGCAACCUCUCCGGCCCCAUCUGCCCAUCCCUCUCGCGCCUCCGGUCGCUCGCCGUCGUCGACCUCUCCAACAACAACCAAGGUUACUCCGACGACGGGUCGGUGAUCGCCUUGUCCGGGCCGAUACCCGAGUUCUUCGCCGAGUUCCAGCACCUCACCGUCCUUCAGCUGCCGAGGCUACGGGUGCUCGUCGUGUCGUCCAACUACGACCUCGCCGGCAGCUUGCCGGAGCUCCCCGCCGGUAGCUCCUUGGAGGUUCUGAACCUGAGAGAAACAAAAAUUUGUGGUCAAAUACCGAGCUCUAUCGGCAACCUGAAACAUCUCAAGAUUCUGGACAUCAGCGGGACCAAUGGGUCUGGAGGGAUUCCCGCCUCGAUCGGUGACCUUGCAUCACUGAGCUUCUUGGAUCUGAGCAGCAGCGGGUUCCAAAUUGGAGAGCUGCCGGCUGCCAUUGGCAGGCUGCAGUCCCUGUCCACUCUGCGGCUCAUCCAGUGCGGCAUCUCAGGCGAAAUACCAACGUCGUUUGCGAAUCUGACAAGCUUAACUGAAUUGGACCUCUCACUUUUUCGCAGCCGUCCCUGA